AUUAAAUCGAAAAAACAAGAUUUUUUUUUGACACAUAUAUCAAGACUUUUAUAAUGAAUGAAAAAAAUCCCAAAAGCACUUGUUACCAUUUUUCUUACUAAUGAAAAAACUUAUUUAACCAUAAAUGUAAAAAUUCUUAAUCAUUUUUUUUAGUUUCUUACCCACGACCCACCCGAUCUACGUCCUGUAAUACAAAUCAAAUCACUAUGAUGAUCUCACAAAACGUUACUUGAAACUUGAAACAAAUCAAACACCUUCUUCUUCUUCUUCUUCUAUCGGAGAGCACUGAUAUAUAUAACCAAAUAAACCCGAACGGUGGUGCAUUCACAGAUCCCUGAGAUUCAGCUACGCUCAUGGCUCAGCAGCUUGUCAAGAAAGACGAUGACCGCGACGAUGAAGCCGAGUAUUCCCCUUUCAUGGGAAUCGAAAAGGGGGCGGUUCUUCAAGAGGCGAGGGUUUUUAAUGAUCCACAACUUGAUGCUAGGAGAUGUUCACAGGUUAUUACAAAGCUCCUAUACCUACUGAAUCAGGGAGAGACAUUUACAAAGACCGAAGCCACAGAAGUUUUCUUUGCUGUGACUAAGCUUUUCCAGUCCAAAGAUAUGGGAUUAAGGAGAAUGGUCUACCUGAUGAUAAAGGAGAUUUCUCCGUCUGCAGACGAGGUUAUUAUUGUUACUAGUUCUCUCAUGAAGGACAUGAAUAGCAAGAUUGAUAUGUAUAGGGCAAAUGCUAUUCGAGUGCUUUGCCGUAUCACAGACGGAACCCUCCUUGCCCAAAUCGAACGGUAUUUGAAACAAGCAAUUGUAGAUAAGAAUCCAGUUGUUGCAAGUGCUGCCUUAGUUAGUGGCAUUCAUCUACUCCAGACAAAUCCUGAAAUUGUAAAAAGGUGGAGCAAUGAAGUUCAGGAAGCUGUUCAAUCAAGAGCAGCUCUUGUACAGUUUCAUGCACUGGGUUUGCUACACCAGAUACGGCAGAAUGAUCGGCUGGCUGUUAGCAAGCUUGUUACCAGCUUGACAAGGGGAACAGUUCGCUCACCUUUAGCCCAGUGCCUGUUGAUUCGUUACACAAGUCAGGUUAUCCGUGAGUCAGGAAAUAAUACACAGCCAGGGGACCGCCCCUUCUAUGAUUAUCUUGAGAGUUGCCUUCGUCACAAGUCAGAGAUGGUGAUUUUUGAAGCUGCCAGGGCUAUUACAGAGCUGAAUGGUGUAACAACCCGAGAAUUAACUCCAGCUAUUACUGUUCUUCAGCUAUUCUUAAGUUCGUCUAAGCCAGUUUUAAGAUUUGCUGCUGUCCGCACCUUGAACAAGGUGGCAAUGACACACCCAACAUCAGUCACUAACUGCAACAUUGAUAUGGAAAGUUUAAUCUCCGAUCAGAACAGAAGCAUUGCCACACUUGCUAUUACUACACUUUUGAAGACAGGAAAUGAAUCAAGUGUGGACCGUCUUAUGAAACAGAUUACAAAUUUCAUGUCUGAUAUUGCUGAUGAGUUCAAAAUUGUUGUUGUUGAAGCAAUAAGAUCAUUGUGCCAGAAGUUCCCAUUAAAAUAUAGAUCUCUGAUGAACUUCCUAAGUAACAUUCUUAGAGAAGAAGGUGGUUUUGAGUACAAGAAGGCAAUUGUAGAUUCAAUUGUGAUUCUCAUUAGAGAAAUCCCUGAUGCAAAGGAAACUGGGUUGCUUCAUCUCUGUGAGUUUAUUGAAGAUUGCGAGUUCACUUAUCUGUCUACACAGAUUCUACACUUCUUGGGCAUUGAAGGGCCAAAAACAUCAGACCCGAGCAGAUAUAUUCGUUUUGUUUAUAAUCGAGUACAUCUUGAGAACGCAACAGUUAGGGCCGGUGCUGUCAGCACACUGGCAAAGUUUGGUGCUGCAGUUGAUGAGUUAAAGCCUCGCGUAUUUGUUCUGCUAAGGCGAUGUCUUUUUGACAGUGAUGAUGAGGUCCGUGAUAGAGCAACCCUUUAUCUAAACACACUUGGAGGUGAUGGUUCUGUUGUUGAGACUGAUAAAGCUGUAAAGGAUUUCCUGUUUGGGACAUUUGAUAUCCCACUUGUCAAUCUGGAGACUAGCUUGAAAAAUUAUGUGCCUUCAGAAGAAGCUUUUGACAUUGACUCUGUGCCCAAGGAAGUCAAAUCUCAGCCACUUGCAGAGAAGAAAGCCCCUGGUAAAAAGCCAACUGGUUUGGGUGCUCCUCCAAGUGGUCCCCCAUCAACUGCUGAUUCAUACCAGAGGGUGCUUUCGUCCAUUCCAGAGUUUGCUAACUUUGGGAACCUUUUUAAGUCCUCAGAACCUGUGGAGCUCACUGAAGCUGAGACAGAAUAUGCAGUUAAUGUCGUUAAACACAUUUUUGAUAGGCAUGUUGUGUUCCAGUACAACUGCACAAACACAAUACCAGAGCAAUUAUUAGAAAAUGUUAUCGUAAUUGUGGAUAAUUCAGAAGCAGAUGAAUUUUCGGAGGUGUUCUCCAGACCUCUCAAGUCUCUUCCUUAUGAUUCACCUGGACAGAUUUUUGUUGCAUUUGAGAAGCCUGAGGGAGUGCCAACACUUGGAAAAUUUUCUAACGUUUUGAAAUUUAUUGUUAGAGAGGUUGACCCUGCCACUGGUGAGGCAGAUGAUGAUGGUGUUGAAGAUGAAUACCAGCUGGAGGAUCUGGACAUUGUUUCAGCAGAUUACACGUUGAAAGUGGGGGUAUCUAAUUUCAGGAAUGCAUGGGAAAGCAUCGGCCCUGAUUAUGAGCGAGAGGAUGAGUAUGGUCUUGGUCCUAGGGAGAGCUUGGCUGAAGCUGUAAAUACUGUCAUCAACCUUCUUGGCUUGCAGCCCUGUGAGGGUACAGAGGUUGUUCCACCCAAUUCAAGAUCACACACAUGUUUGUUGUCAGGUGUAUUCAUAGGUAAUAUAAAGGUGCUUGUGCGGUUGUCUUUUGGACUUGACGGUCCAAAGGACGUUGCAAUGAAAUUGACAGUCAGAUCCGAGGAUGAAACCGUCAGUGAUGCCAUUCAUGAGAUUGUAGCUAGCGGAUAAUCUAUCAAGUAGAUAAAUUUUGACUCAAGAUGGCCCCGCUUUUUGUUAAUGAGAUUGGUGUUAAGCAGGCACAUAGAUAGAGGUGUGUAAAGAAUUACAAAACUUUAUUAUGUUUGGGAUCAGUACGCAUUUGUUUGUCCCUCACUCACUGCAUUCUUGGUAUACUGGCAACGAUACUGGAAGUAUAAUGUUGGGCCUAUGACUAUUGGAGUAAACUUCCUCAUGAUUAUACUUCAUUUUUCCUUGUAGUUAAUGUAAUAUGAAUUUUGAGGAUUUUUCUUGACCAAUAUUUGUGUUGUCAUUGAAUUGGAUAUUUGUUGAAACAACAAUUGUUUAUUUAGUAGUAUAAAAGACAAGUUUCUUA